UCAGAUCAUCAUUGUUAGUGAAGAUGAGGUCUAGUGUAUUCUCCAGUCUAGUAGGCUCUAUUAUUUGCUGGUUUAAAUUGAAUUUUGUGCAGAGAUUUAAAAGCUCGUGUGAGUGUGAGUUUUCAUCAGAGCUGCCUCCUGGUGUUAUUACUGCAACAAUAUUAUUUGCUAUAUUCCUCCAUUUUAGGUGCCUUAAGUUGAAAUCCCCCAGGAGCAAGAUGUUGGGUGCAGGAGCUGGAAGAUUUUCCAGACAGUGGUCAAUUUUUAACAGCUGUUCCUGGAAUUGCUGGGAUGUUGCAUCCGGAGGCUUGUAGACUACCACAAUGACUAGGUUUUGGUUCUCGACCUUUACUGCUAAAACUUCCACUACGUCAUUUGAGGCAUUAAGCAGUUCUGUGCAAACAAGUGACUCUGCAAUGUACAGGCCAACCCCCCCCUUUUGCCUGUUCACUCUGUCACAUCUGUAUAGGUUGUAACCUGGGAUCCAUAUUUCGUUGUCCAAGUGAUCCUUUAUGAGGCCUGGUCACAGACCGGGCCGCGGGGGCGUUGACCCCCGAAACUCUCUCCAGGUAAACUCCAGGAUUCAGGAUACAUUUUAAUAGUUUGCCCAUGACUUAUGCCUUUCUGCUUUCGUCAUGGUUUAUAAAAGUACCGAGGGGCCUUUAGGGACCUCGGGGAAAUUUUAGCAAAGCUUUUGACAGAAUUAAUUGAAUGGGAGGUUUAACAUAUGCUGUUUUUUUUUUAUCUUGGUAUGACAGUGUUUGUGAUGAGUGUUUCAUUCAUGCCAGUAAUGUUUAUUGUGUGUUAAUUUUACCUUUGUUUUUCUUGUGUUUGUGUUGUGUUUGAGUUUUAUUAUCAAGAGAGCGCUGAAUGAUUUACAUGUAUAAAGUGUUCUCUUUAAAAAAAAACAUCAUGUAUCCUCAACACCACGUGUCCCAAACACUACGUGUCUAUAACAUGUUGCUGUGUGCUUUUUUUUCCUUAACUGGAGUCAACACAUGGUUCGAGCGAGUGAGCAUGUUCGUCAUCUUGUUGAACUGCGUGACGCUGGGCAUGUACCAGCCCUGUGUUGACGAGAUCUGCAACACCAACCGCUGCAAGAUUCUCCAGAUGUUCGACGACGCGAUCUUCGCGUUCUUCGCGGUGGAGAUGGUGAUCAAGAUGGUGGCGAUGGGUUGGUCUGGCAAGGGCGCUUACAUGGCCGACUCCUGGAACAGACUCGACCUCUUCAUUGUCAUCGCGGGGGGACUGGAGUACUUCCUGGCCAUGGAGAACAUGAACUUGUCAGCAAUCCGCACCAUCAGAGUCCUACGGCCACUCAGAGCCAUCAACAGAAUCCCAAGUGAGUACACUCUGCAACAGAAUCCCAAUAUUGUUUCUUUCAGAUUAAAACCAUUUUAUGUUGAAAUCAACAAGGCAAAAAAGUCCGUCACCUCCUACUUCAGAGAAACCGAUGAGGAGAAGGACUACAUUUGCUCCCUGCCGAAAGACAAUGGCAUGCAUGAAUGUCGAGACCUCCCGCCCAUGAAAUAUCAAGGAAUGGUAUGCAAUGACUCUGCGCUUCCGCACGUGUCCAAUGAGCCGACCAAUGAGUCGUGCGUCAAUUGGAACCAAUAUUAUGUUGAUUGUCGUCGAGACAAGAAUCCGUUUCAAGGGGCUAUUUCCUUUGACAACAUUGGUCUAGCAUGGGUGGCUAUCUUUCUUGUGAUCAGCCUGGAGGGCUGGACGGACAUCAUGUACUACGUGCAAGAUGCUCAUUCCUUUUGGGACUGGAUAUAUUUUGUCCUACUUAUUGUGAUUGGGUCAUUCUUCAUGAUCAACUUGUGCCUAGUUGUUAUCGCCACACAGUUUUCAGAGACUAAGAAGCGUGAAAUGGAGAGGAUGAAGAUGGAACGUGCCAGGUUUCAAUCGACUAGCACACUAGCAUCAGGCUCCACUUCUGAGCCAAACUCAUGCUAUGCUGAAAUCAUCAAAUAUAUUGCUCAUUUGUGGCGACGAGGAAAGCGAAAAUUUUAUGUUCGAUACAAACAGUUUCGUCGGAGAAACAGAUCUGAGCAUCCUCGACAGCUGAGCCUCAAGAAGCAGCGUCGUCGUCGUCAGUAUGAGGCAGCACAGAGUGCCCUAAUCAGCCGUGAAGGUGGCAUUCCUUUGGUACCAAGUACUGUAGUGUCUGUUCCAACUACUACUGCUGGUGGUGUAGGUCCAGGUGGAGCCUUUACUGUGAUGAAUAACAUAAGCCCAACAUCUCCACAGUUGUUGUCACCCCCAGAAGUACAUGAAGCUCCUGACGAUUCACGAAAUAACAAUGCUCCUCGUGCUAGUCCGGAAUUUUCUGAUGCAGAUCCUCAACCAUCCCCGCAUCGUCCUGUCGUUCUUAAAAUCUCGAGUGGAGAUGGGAGCAAUGAGCUCUUACCACCAUCACCAGGGGGUCAGGGUGCUUGCACUCCACGACAACGUCGACGCAGCUCUGUCAUGUUUAGUGAUGUGGUGCUUCUCCAUGGCCAUGCUGGGGAGACUGCCACAAAAAAUGUCUGUCACAGUGAGAAAACUACACAAACUGAUGAUGAGCAAUUAGAUCCAGUAUAUUUUCGUGAGCCUUUACCACCAUCACCUCACACACCAGGACCUCCCUCCCUCAUGCCUCCUGCUCUUCUGCCCCCAGUUCUUCUUCCCCCUAACAAGACUAAGUCUUCCCUGCGAUCUGUCUCGCGGACACCCUCGUAUAAUGGUUCAGGGGGAAAGGGUUCUCUCACUUGUGGGGAACUGCUGGCACUGAGCGGUGCUCUCUCUGCUGCGCUGCCCACACACUUAGGUAUUGACUCUCGCUCCGUCCACACCUUGUAUUCUUCACUUGCCAAAGGGGUAAAGCACUUUUCAGCACCAACUUUAUUUUUCUCCGCUGAUCAAGCACCUGCAGGGUUUACAAGUUACUAUUCAGGAUCUGACUCGUGUGACUCAGAUUCUGAUUGGAGUGAUGAAGAAUGGAAAGAGGAGGAGACAAAACCACCUUCAUUAGCACGUAGAUUCUGUUCACGUAUUCAGGUCUGCAUCAAGAAGCUGGUGGAGCAUCGAUACUUUCAGCGGGGCAUUCUUGUUGCUAUACUCAUCAAUACACUCAGCAUGGGUAUUGAGUACCACAACCAGCCGAUGAUGUUGACAAUUAUUGUGGAGCUGAGCAACUUUGUCUUCUCAGCUGUAUUUGCCAUAGAAAUGUUGCUCAAGAUUAUUGCCGAGGGACCCUUCGGUUACAUAAGCAAUGGUUUCAAUGUUUUUGAUGGUAUCAUUGUCAUCCUCAGCAUUGUGGAGAUGUAUGAAAGCUAUUCGUCAUCAUCAGCAGUAUCAGACCAGCAAGCAGGGCAGGGGUCAGGACUAUCAGUGCUUCGAACCUUCCGUCUUCUGCGCAUUCUCAAGUUGGUCCGGUUUAUGCCCCAACUUCGCCGGCAGCUGUUCGUCAUGCUCCGCACCAUGGAUAACGUCGCUAUCUUCUUCUCUCUCCUUAUACUGUUUAUUUUUAUAUUUAGGUAAGUUUAUUUUUGUAUAUAUUUAUGUGAGAUGAGUCACUUAUUGGUGAUUUGUAUGCAUGUGUCCAUACCACAUUUUGCAGUAUGAAAUUAUUAUUGCUCUGUGCAUGUAUGCAUCAUCUUUUUAGAUAUGUUAGCAAAUACAGUAAACCCUCUCAUAAUGUGACUACAUAAUUUUUACUGAACAUUCCUUCAUUGAUAUUAAGCUCUGAAGUCUUUAAAAAAUAUAUAUAUCAUAUGUGAAAUUUGGGCAGCAACCUGUGUUUAUUUUCUCAGUCUUUUUCUAGAUAGCAUUGUUUUUACCCAACAAAUGUUUUCCAAAAUUUAUGCAAGUCAUGAAUGAAAUCUGAAGAGAAUAUAUUCUGCAUUAAUAUCAGAAAUACACAAGUUCAUUAGAGGAGACAACGACUUUGUUUGGAUAAUUAACUCAGAAGGUUACUAACCAGGAAUGGUGCAUUAUCAUAAUUACUGUACACUGUAAUUAUACUGUCCCAUGCCUUUAACAGUUAUGUAUCUACUCCAACUGUUCUACAAUUGUUGAACUUGUUGGUGAAAAAUAAUAAAAUGUAAAAAAUUCAUUAAACGAUUAAGUUGUGUAACAGAAGUGUGAUCUUGACUUGUGUUGGAGUUUUAUGUAUUUGGCUUAUGAUAUAUUAAGUCGGCAUUUCUCCAGAAUACGAUGUACCACAGCAAUGAGAACAGGGCUCGUGUGGAACAAGCCAUUGUAGUUCUUGAAAAGCAAUAACAACUUCCCAUGCCAUUUUAUUUUAAUUCCACUGCAUUGUCUUGAAUAUUACAUUUGGUAUAGGUUUGGUGAAUUCCUGUAUGUUUGGUUUAAUUUGGUAAUGAAAUAUGACUUUUUACCAAUACUGAAAUGUUGAAAGGCCCAGCCAAUGCUUCCUCUAACUUUUUUGUGCAGUAUUAAUAUUUUUCUUUGCUUUUGUUUCUUCAAAUGUACAGUAUUUAUCUUUGAUGUAUGUUUGUUUGGUACAGGUGCAAUGAGUUUCUUUGGGUUUGCUACAAUUUGAUAAGGAAAUGUGACUCUCAUUUAUAUAGUUUUACAUAUUUACCUGAUGUUUAGUUGAUAAGCCUCACUACAUCAAACUCAGCCCAGUAGGGCCACAUCAUCCCUCUUCACACGCUUCCAUGUCAACAAGCAACAUCAAUUAGAAUAAUAUUUUUAACGUAUUAGGAUAUUUGGUAAAAGUUGUUUGGCAUUUUGGUUUGGAGGUCUCAAAAACGUUAUCCUUUUUUCCCAUAUGAUCACCACUUUACGUAACCCUCUGUUUCAUAAGAUAAUUUUCGUGCAUGUAUGCUUUACAUUAUAAGAAGGUUAUGAUACUGGAUCUGAUUGAUUAAAUACUGUAGUAUAGUUGUACAUUUUAAAUCUUAAUUUCUUUUUCUUUUGUUUGGGUUAAAUUGUUCAUACUUUUUUUUCCUGCUUGGAAAGUUUUUAUAAGUUCACACCAUAUAGUCUUGCAUUUUGGAAAAGAUUUAUUUAAUAUUAUGGCUUUUUGUAAUAUUGCAGUCUCGUUAUUUUUGUUUUCCAAUAACCUCUCUGAUCUUUUGAGCUAAAGUUUUAUUAUAUCCUUCAUGGCAGUGUUAUAACCUGUGUUUAAUAUAAUUACAUGGCCCAUUCAGUCAUGACCUUAGUAUUUUCUUGAUAGUCCAUUUUGAUUUGAGCAACCUUAAAAUACUAUUUGUAGCUUCAGUGUUCUGUUGUGCUCUCAUUACCUUUAGUGAACCAUCCUUCAAUUUCUUGUUGCUUUUAUAGAGCUUCCUAGUUGUACUGAACUAUCCUCCUCAGAGUUUGUAGUCUGUUAACUAUAGUUAUCAGUGCCAUAAUAUCUUUUCUUAUAUAUUAUCUUCCUCUGGCUAAGUUUUUAUAAAUUUUGUACCAUUAUUGUUGAAUACAUUUGUAAAUAUGUUUAAGCAUCAUGAUAAAGAUUAUUAACUCUUGUUAUGAAGAGGUCUCUUUGUUUAACUUUGUUGAAAUACUAUACUGUAUACAGAACUAGCAGUAAAAAGGGACAUCACAUAAUGGCAAAUUUGCAUAAAAGAGAAUCACUA